CACCAUGUACACACUGACUUCAAACAGGCUGACCAAACUGACCUUCCAGAGGUUCACUUUCAGUAUGAAGCUUCUAGAUGAGACUUUGUGCUAAAGCUACAUACAAAGUUCUUCUAAUGCAACUGGAAGAUUUGGUGCUCAGUUGGUGAUUUAUUGAUGACUUCAGCAAAAAUGUUGCUACUGGCUCAUCAUUUUUUAAGUGCAAGCACAGCUUUCCUUUAUGUAGUUUUAGCUCUGUAUGUAUUGUAUAUUGUCUGUGUACAUAUAAUUUAUAUUCUGUAAAAUGUUUUCAGUGUGUUACUUUGAAGGAGCUUUGCUACAAAACUUACCUUCUCCUGUCAUUUCAUUGUAACACUGACUAGAAGCUGGGUGAAGCUCAACUGAGGUCUCCAAAAUUUGAGUGAACUUUAUUUCACUGUUGUAAAAGAAGGUUGUAACAACUUGACAGAUGGGUCAGAGUACACUGAAUUUUGCACUUUAAUCUGUACUUUAUUCUAGUAAUCAGUCCUGAGAGUGACUCCAGAACCUGUGCUCGUGCCCAGAGCUGUCUCCGUUCCCAUGAACAUCGGUUCUGAUGCAGCCCCUGGUGAUGCAGGAAUGGCCCUAUGCCCUCCCACAAUGUCCUGAGUGGCACGACACAGAGCAGGUACAGCACAGCAGCACUGCCCGUGUGCUGUCUCAGGUUGAAGCCUCAGAGGAUGGUGCAGGACCCUCGUGUGUAACCCCCUGGGCUGUGAGCGGUGCUGCAGGGCCCCGGGCCCCUCUGGAGAUGAAUCUCUGCUGGAACGAGAUCAAGAAGAAAUCCCACAGCCUGCGGGCUCGGCUGGAGGCCUUUUCCGACCACAGUGGGAAGCUGCAGGUGCCUCUCCAGGAGAUCAUAGACUGGCUGGGGCAGAAGGAUGAGGAGCUCUCGGCACAGCUGCCCCUGCGGGGGGACGUCGUCCUGGUGCAGCAGGAGAAGGAGACCCACGCGGCUUUCAUGGAAGAAGUGAAGUCUCGGGGACCAUACAUUUACUCUGUCCUGGAGUCAGCACAAGCUUUCCUUUCCCAGCAUCCGUUUGAGGAAUUAGAAGAACCAACUUCAGAAAGCAAAGAUGUGUCUCCCCGGCACCGCAUCCAGAACAUCAGCCGCUUCGUCUGGAAGCAGGCGAACGUGGCCAGCGAGCUAUGGGAGAAGCUCACAGCGCGCUGCGUGGACCAGCACCGACACAUCGAACGCACACUGGAGCAGCUCCUGGAGAUUAAAGGGGCCAUGGAGGAGCUCAGCACUACCCUGGACCAGGCUGAAAGCGUGCAUGAAACCUGGGAACCCAUUGGGGACCUCUUCAUUGACUCCUUGCCAGAGCACAUCCAGUCGACCAAGCUGUUCAAAGAGGAGCUGUCCCCCAUGAAGGAUGGGGUGAAAGUGGUCAAUGAUCUCGCACACCAGCUUGCCAUCUCAGAUGUCCACUUAUCCAUGGAGAAUUCCCGUACCCUGGAGCAGAUCAACACGCGCUGGAAGCAGCUGCAGGCCUCCAUAAACGAACGCCUGAAGCAGCUCCAAGAUGCCCACCGGGACUUCGGACCAGGCUCCCAGCACUUCCUCUCCUCCUCUGUGCAGGUGCCCUGGGAGCGAGCCAUUUCCCCCAACAAAGUGCCAUACUACAUCAACCACCAGGCCCAGACAACGUGCUGGGACCACCCAAAGAUGACGGAGCUGUACCAGACGCUGGCGGAUUUGAACAACAUCAAGUUCUCAGCGUAUCGGACGGCUAUGAAACUGCGACGGGUACAAAAAGCCUUGAGAUUGGAUAUGGUGACCCUGGCCACAGCCUUGGAAAUCUUCAAUGAGCACGACCUGCAGCCCAGCGACCGAGCGAUGGACGUGGUGGAGGUCAUCCACUGCCUGACCGCCCUCUAUGAGAGGCUGGAGGAGGAGCGGGGCAUCCUGGUCAACGUGCCCCUCUGUGUGGACAUGAGCCUCAACUGGCUGCUGAAUGUCUUCGACAGUGGCCGCAGCGGGAAGAUGAGGGCUCUCUCCUUCAAGACGGGCAUUGCAUGUCUGUGCGGGACAGAGGUCAAGGAGAAGUUCCAGUAUCUCUUCAGCCAAGUGGCCAAUGCGGGGGGGCUGUGUGACCAGCGGCACCUCGGUGUCCUGCUCCACGAGGCCAUCCAGGUCCCUCGCCAGCUGGGGGAAGUGGCAGCGUUCGGAGGCAGCAACGUGGAGCCCAGCAUCCGCAGCUGCUUCCGCUUCAGCAACGGGAAGCCCGCCAUCGAGGUAUCCCAGUUCCUGGAGUGGGCCAACCUGGAGCCGCAGUCCAUGGUGUGGCUGGCGGUGCUGCAUCGGGUCACCAUGGCUGAGCAGGUGAAGCACCAGACCAAGUGCUCAGUGUGCCGGCAGUGCCCCAUCAAAGGCUUCAGGUAUCGGAGCCUGAAGCAGUUCAAUGUGGAUAUCUGCCAGACUUGCUUCCUCACUGGACGAGCCAGCAAGGGCAACAAGCUGCACUACCCCAUCAUGGAGUACUACACCCCGACCACAUCCAGUGAGAACAUGAGGGACUUCGCCACAACGCUGAAGAACAAGUUUCGGUCCAAGCAGUACUUCAGCAAGCACCCGCAGAGGGGUUACCUGCCCGUCCAGUCCGUCCUUGAGGCUGACUUCUCCGAGACGCCAGCCUCCUCGCCCAUGCUGCCGCACGCCGAUACCCACUCCCGGAUCGAGCACUUUGCCAGCAGGCUUGCAGAGAUGGAAAGCCAGAACUGUUCCUUCUUCAGUGACAGCCUGUCCCCUGACGAUAGCCUGGACGAGGACCAGUACCUGCUGCGCCAUUCCAGCCCCAUCACUGACAGAGAGCCCGGGGGCAGCCAGCCCGUGCCAGGAAGCCUCAACAUGGAUGAGAAGGGAGAGCUGGAGCGAAUCCUGGCCCACUUGGAGGAUGAGAACAGGAUCCUCCAGGGAGAGCUGAGGCGUUUGAAGUGGCAGCACGACGAGGCGGUGGAGUCUCCAACCUUGGCUACAAGCUCCCCUGAAUCCAUGCAAGACCCGUGUAACGAUGAGCUCCUGGCGGAGGCACGGAUCCUCCGGCAGCACAAGAGCCGCCUGGAGACCCGCAUGCAGAUCCUGGAGGACCACAACAAGCAGCUGGAGUCCCAGCUGCACCGGCUGAGGGAGCUGCUGCUGCAGCCUCCAGCAGAGUCAGAGGGCAACGGUUCAGCAGCCUCUUCCUUGGCUUCAUCUCCGCAUCAGUCUGAAGGCAGCCAGGCAAAGGAGAGAGAGCACACUACCCCUGACACUGAAACUGCAGAUGAGGUGGAAGCCAAAACCCAGGAGGUCAGCGUGUGCCUGGAGGACAUCAUGGAGAAGCUGCGCAGCGCCUUCCCCAACUCUCGAGGUACCCGAGUGAAAUCCCCCUCUCUGGCCUCUUACUGCUCCCUCAGAUGAGGUUUUCCCACAGAGCCCUGUCCCGAUGCCAGCUUCUCUGUGAUGGCCGGUCCCCUGCAGCGCCUAAGGCCAAGAGCUCUGCUGCCACAGUGCUGCUGGGACUGGGGUUGGCCUGGGCACAGAGAGGAUGAGGAGGAGUUUUUAUACCCGCAAGGAGAUGCUGCCAAGAGCAUGGACCAAAUAGACCCCCUCAAUAAGCCACAAGGCAGCCUCUGCCCUGCUCAGGACCCUGUAGGGCUCCCCAUGGCAUUGAAGGACAGACCUGCCAGCAUCGAGUCUGCAGUGACCACCUUGAGCCACCUCUUUGCUCCAUCCCUGUCCAGACCCCUCUCCAGGACACAUCGAGGCUGUAGUUACUGGGCGAGAUGGAAGCAAUGGUGCGAGCUCCCCUUGCUGCUCAUGGACACUGCACAGCAGGGACAGGGACUGGGGGAUAUGCAUGGAUGGCACUUAGGUUACCCAGUGGGUCUUGGUGUUGGUUUUACUGCUGUCCCUCUGUGCUCCAUCCCAGGAGCAGCACUUGGUCCUGCACCCAAGCUGCCCAUGCGUGUGCUGAGGGAGGCAUUGCUUGGUGCCAGCACUAACACAGCGGGGAGCUUCCCUCUCUGCCCAACCCCUGGCCUGCUUUCUGCCAUCCCUGAGCCUGAUCCUCCUUGGCUCUGCAGCAGCCCGGUUCUAACCAUGUGGAUCCAGCUCUUCUUGUCCUGACCUCUGUGUUUCUCUUCCAGGUAUGACCUCCCUUAUCUAACACCUCCUGUGAGCCAGAGGCUUUUCCUAACCAGCUACCUGGCUGCUUUCCUCCCCUUCCCCUCCCUGCCAUGCUCCUUGUGCUGCAGCAGACCUCGCACAGACUCCCUGUGAGCCACUUGUGCAGGAUACUUGCCAGUCCCAGAAGAUCUCAGGGGAACACAGGCCAGGCAGGAGCAGCACUGUGGGCUCCCAGGAGGCUGGCUUGGUCACAGCCACAGAGCCCAGGCCUGGGUAGGAAGGGUCAGAAGGAAGAACUGAAGCAGCAGAAGCUGCCUGUCUCCCCUGGCACUUGCAGGCUGCUGCCUUUCCCCGCAGCCCUCGGGGGAUGCAGAGCUCAGCAUCCCACUGCUCUUCAGCUCUGCUCCGGGUUUAUGGGCACCAAAACCCUCCUGGAGGCACCCAGGUCUUACAAGAGCUCUCUCUAACAGCAUCCAGCUGCCAGCCUUAUGGAUUGAACUCUCUGUGCCAGGCA